ACUGUAUAUAAACGAAAACUUCGUCUGGUUUGUUCACACUAAAACCACAAAACUCUCUCUCUCUAUCUCUCCUUCUACAACACUUUCUUCAUGACCUUCUUCUUCUAGCAGAGAAUCUAGAAACCCUAAAUCCUUUGUUGCUUAAACCCUGAAUCCAGCUUUCAUUAAAUGGGUCAUGAUAACAUCACAAAGCUCGGGAGUCUACUUGUAAAGCUACACAGAGGUCCUUCAAGUUGGCUCUGUCUCCAUCCCCGACCAGACAGAACCACAAACGGCGGACGAAUCAAGCUCGUCAGAUCCGACGGUUCUUUAAAAGUCUACGAUCGUCCCGUAGUGGUCUCAGAGCUCACAAAAGACUUCCCAAAGCACGAAAUCUGUAGAUCGGACUUACUCUACAUAGGACAAAAAACCCCUGUUCUGUCCGAAACCGAAACACUCAAGCUCGGUCUCAACUACUUCCUCCUCCCAUCAGAUUUCUUUAAGAACGAUCUCUCUUUCCUCACCAUCGCCACACUUAAAAACCCUCAGAACGGUGGCGUUAUGGUGAAGAAGUCUCAAAAGCAGCCCCAGCCUUUUCUUAUACAAAAGGGAGAGAAAGGAGAACGUUUACGGAUUCGUGUGUCUGAAGAUUUCAUCUCGGAACUGAUGAUGGAAGGAAGAAAGAACAGAGCAAACAAAGAAGAAGAGGAAGAAGAAGAAGGAGAAGGAGAAGGUAGAGUUUGCACUACGGUGAAGUUGAAGAAAGAUUAUGUUCAACUGGUUGGUUUGCGUAAAUGGAAGCCUAAGCUUGAGACGAUAACAGAGACUAAGGCGAUGAAAGCAGCAGCUAUUGAGAAAACGAAGAAGAAACGAAAGAGAUUUAGUGUGAUGAAGAAGAAGCAGUCUCAUCAGAGUGAUUCGUGUUCGAAGCGUAAGCUUCAAUCCAAAUUCAAGUCCAAAACCAAGAAAAAUAUUUUUAGGAAAAUAGAAUAAUCUUUGUGUUCUAAUUUGUGUGGUGUUGAUACAUAGAAAUUGUUGGAUUGAUCAUGUAAAGAAACUGAGGUUAAAACAAAAAAAAUUAACCAAAUUAUUUUCCGAAUAUGUUGAAUUAUUUUACGCA